AUGGAUGAGAUGGGCAAUCCUGGAAUACCCUUGAGUGUCAUCUCUAAGGUUGCUGAAAUGCAGCUUCUUUAUACCGUCGAUAAAGUAAUUCUUGGAAAUAGAUGGUUGCGUAAAGCUGUCGGUAUUCAGCCCAAGUUCCCUUGCAUGGUCGACUCAUUCGAGAGACGGAGUGCAACUUCUCUCCUAAGAAUCUCAGAGUCUGCUAAGCAGGCCGAAGAACUUCAGUGUUAUAGCUCAUCAGCCCUCAACAUUCAAGAUAAUAGGGAAGCCAAUCAAGAAACUAAGCAACAAUCCUUCAAUCCUUUUAGAAAUUUGUGGUCAAAACAACGCCAAAGAGAUGACAUUCGUCACGAAUAUAUGAAUCAAAACGUGCAGGCAAGUCCUUUUCUUCCCAAAAUAACAAUGGUUGGUGUCUCUACUGGUGAAUCAGGGGACACGAGUAAAGCCAAUUUAAAAAAGACAAUGGAAGAUUUGACUAGAGAACUAGAGAAUAUAGAUCAGGGUAAUCCUACUAGUCCUAACGAGUACGAAUUCGACAACGAAGAACGUGAUCCAUUAUUUGUUGCAAAUGUCAGUCAUUUCUGCUCUGGUUCGGCACGGUGGGAUCAUAGGUAA